AUGGGGGAUUUCAACCAUCCAGAUUUCUGCCAGGAUAGAGGCACGGUGGGUGACAGACAAUUGACCAGAUUUCUGGAGUCUGUUGAGGAUAACAUCCUGGUCCAGGCAUUAGAUAGACCAACCCAGGGUGAAGCCUUACUGGACCUGGAGCUCACCAGUGUGGAGGAGAGCAUUAGAGAGGUUAAGACCGGAGGCAGCCUAAGCUGCAGUGAUCAUGUCCUGGUGGAGUUUGUGAUCUGGAGGAAUGCAGGCCUGACAAAAAGCAAAGUCAGGACUCUGAACUUCAGGAGAUUGAACUUCCAGCUGCUUAAGGAACUUCUGAAUGGGAUCUCCAGGGAAACUGUCCUUGUAGGCGUAGGAACAGAACAGAGCUGGCAGCUCCUUAAAGACACCCUUCUGAGAAUACAAGAAACUGCAGUUCCCCAGCAGAAGAAAUGGAGCAGACAGGUGACCAGCAUGGCCAGUAAGGACCUGGGCGGCUCCGGGCCGGGGCUCAUCAGAUCGGCGUCUUUCCCCCAGGUACAGCAGGGUGACUCUUUCCUGCUGGAGGCCCACGAGGAGCUGGCGAUAUGCAAGUACUACGAGAAGAGGCUGCUGGAUUUCUGUGCCGUCUUCAAGCCUGCCAUGCCGCGGUCUGUGGUGGGAACGGCUUGCAUGUAUUUCAAACGUUUUUAUCUCAAUAACUCAGUGAUGGAGUAUCAUCCUCGGAUAAUAAUGCUAACGUGUGCAUUUUUAGCCUGUAAAGUAGAUGAAUUUAAUGUGUCCAGCACACAGUUUGUUGGUAACCUUCGAGAAAGCCCUCUUGGGCAAGAAAAAGCUCUUGAACAGAUACUGGAAUAUGAACUACUGCUAAUUCAGCAGUUGAACUUCCAUCUUAUUGUACACAAUCCAUACAGGCCAUUUGAGGGAAUUCUAAUUGAUUUGAAGACUCGGUACCCAUUGCUGGAAAACCCUGAAGUUUUAAGGAGAACAGCUGAUGAUUUCCUCAAUCGAGUGGCUCUGACAGAUGCAUAUCUCCUCUUCACUCCCUCACAGAUAGCUCUUGCUGCUAUAGUAUCUAGUGCUUCAAGAGCAGGAAUUAAUAUAGAAAGUUAUUUAUCAGAGUGUUUUAUGCUGAAAGAAAACAGAACAUUCUUGACCAAAAUACUGGAUGGCAUGAGAAGCAUGAAAAAUCUUAUAAAGAAGUACGAACUUCCAAGACCUGAAGAAGUUGCAGCUCUAAAACAGAAGUUAGAGAAGUGUCACAGUCCAGAGCUUUCACUUAACGCUAACGUGAAGAAGAGGAAAAUUGAUGAAGAUGGUGAAUAUAAUUCAAAAAAGCCUAAAAUGGAUGAGGAAGAAUGGACUGAUGAAGACCUUGCAGACUUGUGAAGCCUAUUCCCGUGCUUACUGUUCUGUGGCACACGUGAACCUGCUUAUUGAAGGUUCUGUAGACUGAAGGAUGAGGUAUUUUAUUACAUUGCUUUUUAAUUUCUCCACAAUAAAACAUUUAUUUCAGAUUUUAGUUAAUUGUAGCUCCAUUUAAAAACUUCUCACCAUCUGAGGUCAGUAAGAAGUAUUCAAGUUUUGGUUUAGCAGCACCUUCCGAUACAACUUAAGAAUCAGCUUACAGCACAGCAGUACCUAAUGUCAACUCUGGCAUUUAGCAGAGUGGUUAAAUACAUGCACAACACAGACUGCUAAUAAAUCCUUAAGUACUUGAGAGCAAGAUGUGCUGCUGUCCUCUGCCCAGGUUUGCUACUGAAACUGCUAGAAGAAUAUAACUUUGCUCAUAACAUUUUUUUGUGUUUGAGAAACUCUUCUCAAGUGUACUAAGGGGCUGCAGCCACAUAAAUUAUCAGACUAAAAGUAGCGUCUGUGGUUUUGUGACUUGUCUCUUACUCUAUUUCCUCUUCCUGCAGCUAUGCUCUCAGACUAGGUUGCUAUGACAAACCUUGUUUGGGACACCCUAGCAGAAUAAUUUAAAAGAUCUUCUGCUGUAGUUACACUGUUUCUAAAUUAAAGGCAAACUACUUCCUUUUUAUAUGCUUUUUCGGGAACUGCAUGUGUUCUAAUACAUUUACCUAAAUGUAACUUCGGGCUUUUCUUAUUUUCAUCAUUAUUAUUAUUAUUUAAAUAUAAGCAGAUGCAAAUCUGUUCUUCA